CCAAAGAAAUAAAUUUAAUUUAAAUUAUCAUAAAUACUGAUUUUUGAAUAGCAUAAAAGAGCAUGCAUGUAUUCUUAAAAUAACUGUAACUUAUAUGGGGACCCUGUAAUUGCCAAUAUAGAAAUGAGAUUGGCAACAACUGCACGCAACUGAGAAAUAUCCCGACUAUUUAUUACUAUGGGCAGUUACUUUUUGGCUUUGCAUAAAACCUCUCAAUUAAUGUUUCCUCUCAUCUUUUACAUUUAUGUCUGUGAAGCCUUACAUAUGUUUCUCUCCCCCAGGUACAUCAUCCUUGUCCAAACUGUCCAAACCAGCUGACCAAGCCCUCUUUAUUUCUACAGCAGAUUAUACCAAGUUUGGGUGGGGCUUUUAAACUCACUUAUGGAAUUAUAAGUUAGAAGCACUUAUUCGUAUCAUUUGUGUAAAAAGUCGACAAGUACUUGUAACAAGUUAAGAAUCCUAACUUUUGUUUCAUGACUUCUGCUUUUUUUACCAAACACUUUAAUCACUUAUAAUUAAGUCUUAACUAACUUCUAACUUCUACUUCACUUUUUUUACUUUAAGUAUUCCCUCCGUCCCAUUUUAGUUGUCACAUUUUUAUUUUUAUUGGUCAAAUUGACUAAAUUUUGACCAAAGAUUAUGAAUCACUCUUUCAUUAUUUUAAAAAACUGAAAAUUAUAUCUUAAAGUAGAUUAAAAGUUAUUUCCGAUGACACAUUUUUAAUUUUAUCAAUUAAUAAAAUAUUAAUAAAUUUCAAUCAAACUUUAUUCAAUUUGAUCAGCACGAAACCAAAUUAGACAACUAAAAUAAGACGGAGGAAGUAACAAUCACUUAUUUUAAACUCACCCGAUAGCCCCGUACUAACCGCAAUUAUGUGGGUGUUUGGCAACGGCUUAUAAACCCGGCUUCUGAAUAUAAAGUUAAAAGUAUUUAUUUUGUACCGUUUGUGUAAGAAGUCAAGAAGUACUUAAAAAAAGCUAUGAUUACUAGUUUUUGUCUCACGGCUUCUACUUAUUUCCCAAACACUUUUAUCACUUAUAAGUCUUGACUUGCUUCUAAUUUCUACUUCACUUUUUUACUUUAAGCAAUAAGCACUUCUUUUAAGCUCACCCAAACGGCCCCUAUAUCUCAAUAUAAUCACGCAUGAUUGAUAGUAAUACAUGUACAAUACUAUGUUCGGGAUUGAUAGUAAAAAGACAUGGACAUACAUGUGCAUGAUAGCUUCGCAAUCAUUUUAUUGAAAUUUAGGUUGGCUGAAACAAUGCGCCACUUUGCCGGUAGCUCCACUGAGGAAACUUGACCAUCGGUCAGACACGUGUCGUGUAUCAGACGGGGUCAUAGUCUUUGACCUAAGAUUUCCUUAGUCAAUACAGCAAUAACCCUAAGGCAACUCCCAAGGAGAACUCACUAUUUAUAAACACUUAAUACUCCCUCCGUUUCAAUUUACAUGUCCACUUUCAAGAAUUCUUUUUUUUUCAAAUUACUUGUCCACUUCAACUUUCAAUGCAAAAUCAUAUUUCCAAAGUCAAUUCUACACCACAUAUCUCUUUUUUAUAUUUCCUAGAUCAAUCUCACUCCACAUAUUUUGAUCAUUUAAUGCAAUUAACUUGUGAACAAUCACUUUUCUUAAACUGUGUGAUUUUUUUAAAGUGGACAUCUAAUUUGAAACGGAGGGAGUACUCACCUUUAUUCCUGCUUUUCCAACCAACAACUCUCUUCUCCUCCUUCUGUCUCUAUUUAUUUGACCUUCACAUUUUUUCAACUUUUCAUCUGCGUUAUUGAUCAUCCUCUCUCUUCAUUGUCUCCUUUGCUUUUACCCCUUUUUAUUUUUUCUCUGCUUGAUCAAGUUUCUCUCUACUUAUUCUCUUCAUAUAAUACACAAUAAGCAAUCAAGUGUGUGUUGUUCAGUUAGGUUUUUAGCACUUUGUAGCUUUGUCAUCAUCUAUCUCAUGGCGGUUUCCCCUACAAGUUCUGCAUGCUUGGAGUUAACAAUCUCUGUUCCCGGCACCUUCGCUUCUUCUGAAGGUGGGGCAAUGAGAGAUCUGGAUAUAAACCAAGUGCCGUCAGAGGAAGAAUUAAUUGAAGAAGAUGAUCAGAACCCUAAUCACGACGGAGCCCCUCCUCGGAAGAAGCUCCGUCUCACAAAACAACAGUCUCGUCUUCUCGAAGAAAGCUUUCGACAAAAUCACACCUUGAAUCCCAAACAGAAGGAGACACUGGCAAUGGAGUUAAAGCUGAAGCCACGGCAAGUGGAGGUGUGGUUUCAAAACCGAAGAGCAAGGAGCAAGCUGAAACAGACGGAGAUGGAAUGUGAGUACUUGAAGAGAUGGUUCGGGUCACUGAGUGAACAAAACAGGAGGCUUCAGAAAGAGGUGGAAGAGCUGAGAGCAAUGAAAGUCGCCCCACCGACUGUUAUGACUUCUCACAGUAGUGAUCCCUUGCUGGCCUCUACACUGACUAUGUGCCCUCAGUGUGAGCGAGUCACCACAACCACAGCUCAACCCAAUGCUGGCCCGAUCAGACCGUCCGCUUCUAAACCCUCCGCCAUGGCUGCAGCUAAAGUCCCCGUCAUUCACUCUCGACAUUCGUCUCCAGCUUGUUAAUUUCUGAUUAUGAUGAGAAAUAGGAAUAUUAAAUAAUUGUCUAGAAAUAUGCCUGCCUGUAUAUGACAUAGGUAGAUAGUAUCUUCAGGAAUGUUGGCCUUAGUCCUUUUUUCCGGUCGAAAAUGGUGGCAUAUUAGUCGUCUAUAUAACAACACUAGUUUCUUAGCACCAAAAUAUAUAUGUUCAUGCGUAGCUUACUUAAUUCCUACAAAAUAGAGAAA